AUGGCACCCCACGCAGAUGAUUCAACUGACGCCGACGUUGAGCGUAUCCCGGCUCCAUCCCGUCCUUCGAUGUCAGCAAACCCUCCUCGCAUCCUCAUCAUAGGAGCCGGCUCUCGUGGCAAUGCAUAUGCUCAAGCUACCGGCACGUCGACCAACGGAAUUGUUGUUGCUGUAGCCGAACCAGUGCCAUAUAAAAGGCAAAGAUUCGGCGAGACGUACAUAUGGGGCAAGACUGGCCCUUCUGAGGGACAAGCAUUCGGGGAUUGGAAACAAUUCUUAGCAUGGGAACAAGAGAGACGUGCAAAAGCUGCAAAUGGCGAGAAUGUACCGGAAGGCGUUGAUGCUGCAUUCAUAUGUGUGCUAGAUGAAAUGCACAAAGAGGUCAUCGUUGGAUUGGCACCCCUUGGUCUCCACAUUAUGUGCGAGAAGCCCUUGGCUACCAACUUGGACGAUUGCAUAUCGAUAUACAAAUCUCUCCUUCCAAGCCUACCUAACACGACGCCCUCUAAAAUAUUCUCAAUUGGUCAUGUUUUGAGAUACAGCCCGCAUAACAUGCUCCUUCGGAAAUUGCUACUAGAAGACAAAGUCAUUGGAGAGAUCAUGUCCGUCAAUCAUACAGAACCCGUUGGUUGGUGGCACUUCACCCAUAGCUACGUCCGCGGAAAUUGGCGGAAAGAGUCAACUACCGCCCCGUCACUCCUUACCAAAUCGUGCCACGAUAUCGACGUUUUACUUUGGCUACUUUGUUCACCCCCUCCAAAUACACUCCAGCCAGCUCAUGUACCAAGCACUGUCAGCUCAGUAGGAGCCCUUCAAUAUUUCAACAAAUCACGGAAGCCAACAGCUGCUGGUAAUGCUACCAAUUGCCUAUCUUGUCCAAUCGAAGAGUCUUGCAAAUAUUCUGCCAAGAAAAUCUACCUUGGUCCCAAGCAUAAAGGCCUUGCAUCAGGCAAUACCGAUUGGCCUGUUGAUAUAGUGGUUCCUGAGAUCGAGGAGUGCAUUGCCAAUAGUGGGCUUGCUGGAGGCGAGGCUGCUGUCAUGGCGAAGCUGUCUGAAAACUACACCAGCGAAACCCCCGCCUCCGAGGUGGCAUCUAAGAAUUGGUUUGGUCGAUGCGUUUGGGAAUCCGAUAACGACGUCUGUGACGACCAACUUGUGACCAUGACAUGGGAUAAUGACCCGUUUCCCAAGGCUAAUCAAGACAACGAGAAAGCCCUCAUUAACCGGGGAGCAAAAACUGCGGUCCUCCAUAUGGUAGCUCAUACGAAGAAGAUCUGUGAGCGCUUCACCCAUAUUUACGGCUCGGAUGGAGAGAUCUAUGCAGAUAGCGAGAAUAUCACUGUGGAAGAUUUCAACACCGGAACGAAGAAGAUAUACAAACCUUUUCUUGCGGGAGGUGGCCAUGGUGGCGGAGACGCUGGACUUGCAAGGCAGUUCAUACUUGCUGUUGAUGCUGUGAAGAAUCAAGGUGUGGCGGUAGAAGAGGCUCAGAGGGAACAUGUUGGAUGUAGUCUUGAGGAAGUUGUUAGGAGUCAUGCAAUGGUUUUCGCAGCGGAGCAGGCUAGAAAAGGGAGACAAGUUGUCGAUUUCCCUUCGUGGUGGAAACAAGAAGUUGAGAGUGUAAUUGCGAGAGCCUAG